AUGUCGUCGUCGUGGAACUCGGUGGGGCUGGAGGUGCUCUACCAGGUCAUCGGGUGGAUCGCCUUCGUCGCCUGGUCCUUCAGCUUCUACCCGCAGGUCGUCCUCAACUACAGGCGCAAGAGUGUCGUCGGUCUGAACUUCGAUUUUCUGGUGCUGAAUUUCACAAAGCACUCUUCCUACCUCAUAUACAAUGCUGCUCUAUUCUUCAGCCCCUUCAUCCAGCAACAGUAUCAUGACAAGUUUGGUGAUAAAGAGAUGAUUCCUGUUGCUGCAAAUGAUGUUGCUUUCUCUCUACAUGCAGUGGCCUUGACAUCUUUUACCCUUUACCAAGUUUUUAUUUAUGAGCGUGGAAACCAGAAAGUCUCCAAAGUGUGCAUAUCAAUCUCUGCUGUUGUCUGGUCAGCUGCUAUUGUUUGCCUCAUUGUAGCUUGGCCAAAAAGUAACUGGCUAUGGCUUAUUGAUGUAUUCAAUUCAAUACAGGUUGCGAUGACAACAGUCAAGUACAUCCCUCAGGCUGUGAUGAACUUCAGGCGGAAGAGUACAGUUGGUUGGAGUAUUGGCAAUAUUUUACUUGAUCUUACAGGGGGGGUGCUGAACUUUGGUCAGAUGGGUGUGCAAUCUAUUGAUCAGCACACUUUAGUGAAUUUCUAUGGAAAUAUCGGCAAGACUCUUCUUUCAUUGGAAACUGUUUUCUUCGAUGUUCUCUUCAUAAUUCAACACUAUGUGUUGUACCCUGUCAAACGGGAUGAGAAUGGUAAGGCCAUCAUUUCUGAGAGGGUAGCUCCUCUGAUCAGGCCCUCAGAUAAGCCUGAAGAAGAUAGUGUAUGA